AUAUUGACUAAUCCCAAUUUCAUAUCAACCUAAGUUUAUACUGUAAUUUUUAAUUACUUGUAAAUGACCAGCUAGGUAUUAAAUCAUCAUCAACAUCAUGAUUACCAUUAUUAAUUACUAGAAUUGGUCAUAUAUCUUCUGGAUUUCUGAUCUACAUAUUACCUUUCCCCCUUAAACCUGAUAAACUAACCCAAAAACUUGUCUGCAAACUUCUGAUAAAUGUAUCAGAACAACUUGUUACUGCCUUCUGUCGGUUUCUUCAUCAUCGUGGUCGUCUUCCUGAUUUCAUCUGUAUAUGCUGAUAAACUGUAUGACAGUUGCAGCCCUCCUUCCAAUUCAUCAUGCGGGUUCGUGAAGAAUGUAACAUAUCCUUUCUGGGAUGGCAGACUGCCAGAUCACUGCGGUCAUCCGACCUUCAAGCUAAACUGCGACAAUAACACACUGUCAAUCAAUAUCAAAAGUCAGACAUACUAUAUCCUUGACAUCAAUUAUGUUGCAAAGGUAUUCACCAUUACAAAACCAGAAUUCACAAAUGGCCCCUGUCCUGUUAGCAAAAGUCUGUUGAAGAACACUACCAUAAACUCGAACCUCUUCGAACUCACUUCCGAUUCUCAGACUGCAAUCCUGUUCUAUGAUUGCAGUCCUCCCAGGUUGGUACUAGAACCACCUUAUGGCUUUCGUUGCGCCAUGGAUACUGAUUAUGGGAGACCGAGCACUCCCUUGAUGUCAUUCAACAGCGAUGUUGGCUAUCUUGCAGUCAACGACCAAACUUGGGAGAAACAGCUUAGGAAAAACUGUAGUUUUGAGGUUGAUAUUCCGAUUCUCAGGACGGAAGUAGCAAAGAUUGCUACUGGUUUAUCGAAUAUUAACAAUAUUUUGAAAGGAGGUUUUAAGGUAAAAUGGUUGAUCGAUGAUGGUAAAUGUGAUGGUUGUAAGAAGUCUAAGGGAAGAUGCGGAUACAAUCAAAGUUUGGAACAGCCAACUUGUUUAUGUAAGAAUGGUGUUCAUGAUCCAAGUGGUUGCAACAGACCUUACAAUCAUGCAAAUGCUCCAACAGAUGCAGGACAGGAAGACUUAAGUCCGGUAGAGUCUAACAAGACUGCUGUCAUCUUAGGUACAGGAAUUGCAGCAUGUGUGCUUCUGAGUAGUACUUUGUGCUUCUUUUUAUAUCGUCGCCAUCGUAAGAAGGAGGGAUCUUCUUCUGCACAAUUCCUGAAUCACAACAAGUCAUACAGUCCUUCCACAGCAAGAUCAAAUUUUAAUAUUUUAAAUGGAAGCACUGUUUUUGGAGUCCAUGUAUUCAAUUACAGGGAACUUGAAGAAGCCACAGACUACUUCAAUCCUUUAAAGGAACUAGGAGAGGGAGGGUUUGGCACAGUCUAUUAUGGAAAACUUAGAGACGGACGUGAAGUGGCAAUCAAACGCCUAUAUGAAAACAACAAUAAACGAGCUGAGCAGUUCCUAAAUGAGGUUGAGAUUCUUGCAAAUUUACGCCAUGAGAACCUGGUAAACCUUUAUGGUUGCACUUCCCGUCAGAGUAGAGAGCUUCUUCUUGUGUACGAGUAUGUUUCAAAUGGAACUGUCGCGGAUCAUCUCCAUGGAAAACAAAGCAAACAAGGGUUACUACCAUGGGAAAGAAGGCUAAGCAUAGCUACUGAAACAGCAAGUGCAUUGGUAUAUCUUCAUGAUUCAGACAUUGUACACCGCGAUGUCAAGACUCAAAACAUCCUUCUUGAUAGUAAUUUCUCUGUAAAAGUCGCGGAUUUUGGACUCUCCCGUCUAUUUCCCUUGGAUGUUACUCACGUAUCAACAGCUCCUCAGGGUACCCCUGGAUAUGUAGACCCUGAAUAUCAUCAGUGUUACCAGCUUACUGAGAAAAGCGAUGUUUACAGCUUUGGAGUCAUGUUGUCAGAGCUGUUAUCUUCUUUACCUGCUGUUGAUAUCACAAGGAAGAGGAAUGAGAUUAACCUUGCUACUAUGGCAAUUAAUAAAAUCCAGAAUUGCUUACAGGAAUUUGUUGAUCCUUCUCUUUGGUUCCAGUCUGACAGUGAAGCAAAGAUUGAAAUAACCGCGGUAGCAGAAUUGGCCUUUCAGUGCUUGCAGAGUACAAAAGAAAUGAGGCCGUCAAUGAAUGAGGUGCUGAAAAGAUUGUUAACUAUACAAGAUCAACUAGGAAGUGAAGUGGAUGGUGCAGAAGUUGUAGAUAUUCCUGCUGAUGAUGUUCUUAUGUUGAAGGGAGAUAUGUCGCCUAUUUCACCACCAAGGGAGGAUAAUUUUGUUGCACGCUAUAAACCCAAUGCUAGUGUUUGAUCUUUACUUGUUUGGUUAUAACACUUGUAUAAGUUUUUCGGUUCAUGAAGCUCGUAGCAAGAAAAACACAAAGUUAUUCGAGUGUUCUUCAGAAAGAAUGAUUGUACACAAUUAUACAUACUCUACUACUCUAGUUAAUUGUAACUUCAAUUGUGUUUAGUUA